GUAAAGCGAGAGAGAGAAAGAAAGAAGAGCUCUUCCACACUGUGUGAUUAUUUUUUCGUCAGUCUCUGUUCGCCACCGUGCAGGUGCCUUGAAAACAAAAUCUCUUUUUUGCCUAAAAAAAAAAACUAAACAAAAAAAAAAUAUUAAUAAAAAUUCACCUCCUUUUUUUCCGGAAUGGAGUUCCCCACUUUCCCCCCGGGUGACAUGUACGUGUCGUUACCUCCCUUCAACGCCACCGUCUCCGAUGCGCUCCUGCUGGGGUCGCCAGGCGGGAGCAACGGAACCGACACGCCCGUGGCUCGGGAGUCUCGGGACACGGCGAGGCUCGUCAUUGCCGUUAGCAUCACCGCCCUCUACUCGCUCAUCUGCGUGGUGGGACUGCUGGGCAACAUCCUCGUCAUGUACGGCGUGGUCAGGUACACCAAGAUGAAGACGGCCACCAACAUCUACAUCUUCAACCUUGCUCUCGCGGACGCCUUGGCCACCAGCACCUUACCCUUCCAGAGCGCCAAUUACCUCAUGAGCACGUGGCCUUUCGGGCAGCUGCUGUGCAAAGUGGUCAUCGCCAUCGACUACUACAACAUGUUCACCAGCAUCUUCACGCUCACCAUGAUGAGCGUGGACCGCUACGUGGCCGUGUGUCACCCCGUGAGGGCCCUUGACUUCCGCACGCCGGCCAAGGCCAAGAUCAUCAACAUUUGCAUCUGGAUGCUGUCCUCCGUCGUAGCCGUCCCUGUGAUGGUCAUGGCUGUUGCCAAGGUGACAGACAAAGGCAAUGUGGAUUGCAGAAUCAUUUUUCCCAAACCGGAAUGGUACUGGGACACCAUGACCAAAAUCUGCGUGUUCAUCUUCGCCUUUCUGGUGCCCGUCUUGGUCAUCACCAUCUGCUACGGUCUGAUGAUCCUGCGCCUCAAGAGUGUCCGUCUCCUCUCCGGGUCCAAAGAGAAGGACAGGAACCUGAGGCGGAUCACUCGGAUGGUCCUGGUGGUCGUGGCGGCCUUCAUCGUUUGCUGGACUCCCAUACAUAUCUUCAUCAUCGUCAGGACCAUGGUGAAAAUUGACCACAACAACCUCCUGGUGAUGGCAAGCUGGCAUCUGUGCAUCGCUCUGGGCUACACCAACAGCAGCCUCAACCCCGUCCUGUACGCCUUCCUGGAUGAGAACUUCAAGAGGUGCUUCAGGGACUUCUGCUUGCCCUAUCGCACCCGCAUGGAGCAUAAUAGCUUCUCCAGGGGCCGCAACAGCACCAGGGAGCCAUUGUCCGUUUGUGCCCCCGCUGCCACGGACAGACCGCCCGCAUGACUAGGCGUGGACCAAUUAGGGAUCCAGGAGGACCUUCAGACGGAAGUCACACAGUUCUCCACCACAGGAGUGUGAGCGUACAUGUUGGCGUUUAUUCCACCCUUUUUUGUAGCUCUAGACAGUACGGAGACUGUUCAAUGGUUGUCUUUGGGAGAUGUACAAAAUGCCAAAGUGUGCCUGUAGAGCCUAAAAUUAUGAAUGUAAAUGUACGUAACAUAGAUGAGUGACAAAUUGAAGGAAAGAAACGUGAAUGUAUACUUGACCUUAUAAUAGUCAACAGGAAUAUUGUUAAAAAAAAUAUCGACAGUAUAUGUUACAAACUCAAAAUAAUGCUUACAUAAACUAUAUUUUUAAAGUUAAAGUGUGUAAUACCACUAGUUUAUAUGGUAAUACCAGAAGUUAGCAUGUUAGCUUUAAACUAGCUUUAAGUCAUAAAAACAACCAUGCAAAUGUCACUCGCACAAACCCCUUUCAACGUUUUAAAAGCUAUGUUAUUAUGUUAUUGCUUCCCCAAUGCUUAAGUAAUUACCGUUAAAAAAAUAAUACCUAAGUGGACGUUAGCUCCGCACUGGAAUAUCUGCUGAUGCUACAUUAAAAUCCCUACUUAAAAGGAUCAAAAGCUGUGAGGUGGUGGAACAGUCCUACUACUAUUAUCAAAAAUGUGCUAAACACUACACACACACACAACAUGACAUCAAAGUGAUUCAUUAAAAAAUUAACAACCUUCAGCUUGCUAGCACGUGCCGUAGUUUCCAGGCCAAAUGCGCGCCUAAAUAUAGGCCACACCCUCGUAAUUUUUGGACACGUUUUAUUUUGUAAAUUUAUAUUGUUUGCACAAGUCUAUCAGCCACAGGUGUACACGUUGAAAAAUAUAUUUUGUUUUCAUUGGCAAAUUUAACAAACUAACACAGCAUAAAGUGAGUAGCAUACCAGAAAAAGUUACUGAGCGCGAUAUUCAUCCUUCUCUUCCGCUUUCCGGCGCGCAGCACUUAGUGGCGGAGGAAUUAUGUUCCGUGCGGUGGCUGUUUCCUGUUUUGAUGGCCGGGUCAUUCGUCUUCAUUUUGGGACUACGUCUUGAGCAUUUCAUUGUGUCUUCUCCAGGAUGAUGGUGAGUCCAUAACGCACUAAACGUCUGACUAAAUUAUUUGUAUGAGUGCGUUUGAUUUUAUUUGUGAUUUAAUGACAGCGCCAUCAAUUUAUUGGCGGCGUGUGAAGCUUGUGAAAAAUACAUAAAUUAGCUGCAGCAUUGGGAAAAAAGUAGCGGCUUAACGUUCGGAAAUGACGCUGUAUUUUCCCGCGGUCACUUGUUGCUAGGCAGAAUCUGUAGUACAUCAUUACACAACAAAAAAACAGAACUAAAAGAUAAACAGAUAAGCUGAACAACACAUUCUCAAUUUAAUCAAUGUCAGAAAAGUUAAGAUUUUUUUUUCCACCACAGCGCCAUCUGCUGGUUGUAAACAUUAGGUCUUAAUGUGGCCGCCGUUACAAAACUGACUUUUACGCUUGUGUUCCUUUCAUUUGUCACCUAUCUGUACAUUGUUACACUUCACGGGCGCAUUCUACGUCACACUGCUAACGCAGUGCCACAAUAAACCGAGUUGAGGCUAUUCAUUAUAUUCACAAAAUAUUCACUUGUUGCUAGGCAGAAACAAACACUGUCAGACUAUGAGUUUAUCAUCACUUUUCCGCUUGUGAGAUAAUCCUUUCAUUUGUCAACUAGACUGUAUGCUAACAUUGUUGCAGUGAUUUACAGAUUUUUUUUUUUCUUCCACCAUUCCACUUCACUUGGGCGCUGUGAAAUUGAAGUUACCUUGGAGGACGACAAUGUUCAGUGUCAGCUUUAGACGUGUUUGUUGACAUCAAGGCCAUGUGUGGAGAACAGCGGCAGACUCGCGGCGUCGUGCCUAAACACUCUUCAUGUUGGGGAAUGUGUUGCAUCACAUUUAACAUCAUAGCUAUCACCUUUUUAAUCGGCUCGUAUUCACUUGUAAAUAGCUGACGUGGACAAAAGUAUUGGGACUGAGAGGACUUUCCAUACAAGAUUUUUUGGGUCCAUUCGAUCAAAAGUAGCUUUUUUUUAAAAGUUCUGCUCUGAUGGGCUCCUCCACACUGAACUCAUCCAAGCAUGCGUUGAUGGUUUAAGUGUUUCUAGGAUUGUCGUCUUAGGUUUUAUUUGCGGCUUAAUGAGUAUCCAGUAACAUGAAUGUGCUAAUGUGUUUCAGGGGAAAUUGCAUUCAAUUUGCUGGAAGUCCCUUCUGGUGACUGUAAAUGGAGACGUAAUGACAGAUGAAAGGCACAUUAAUAUUCAUCUCAUUUUAUGUGCCGGUGUGUGCGGCUUUCUGAGAGAAGCCAUAAAAGACGAGUAGAGACGACGGACGCUUCUAAGUAAUCUACCAUGGCUGUCAACUCCUUGUUUUUACUUCCUGUUGUCGGACUGCUUUUUUCUCUGCACCUCUCAAACAUUCAAGCAGGAAGCUUUAAAGGAGGAAGGCUCAAUGACCAAUGGUGAAGUUACACCUGGUGAGGAAUAAUUGUAUUUCUUGAUCACUGGAUAUUUAUACCAUAAAACAUUUUAAAUGGCAGUAUUCAUCUAUAUCACACCUGUAAAUAAUGUAU